AUCGCACACAAUAAUCCACAUCCACAGGUUUGCCCUGCAGGGCCUCCAGAGAGGAUGUCACCAACAUGGACUGUUCUCAAGCAGACUCUGAAGGAUUUUAGGACUGUGGCAUUGGAUGUUUUCUUUAGCGGUCGCAGAGAGACCUUCAAGAGAUCCACUAUCCUCCUCCUCAUAUGCGUCUUCCUCAGCGUCCUCCUCAGCGUCUUGCUCUACCUCUACCUCCUCUGCACUCUCACCUAUGACCCCGCAGUGGCCGGGGGAAUCUCUGUGCUCCAUUGGCUGCUGUUGACGGUAGCCCUCUUCCUGUCCAAGAGAAUACGAUGCUUGCUGACUCUUCUGCUCAUCUCUAUGUUUACCAAGAAAAGUCGCAAUCUCCUUUUGACCGCCGGGACAAGUUUAGUGGUGCUCGGGAAUAUUCGCAACACUUUAGAGAACCUGACAGGUUUGGUUCGGAGCAUGAUCUGCAACCUGAGGGCCAAGAAGGCGUCAAUCACGGCUCCUUUCAGUAACUACGUAGCCAUGUUGAAAUGGUUGGCUGGCGUACUGCAAGGGGUGACGGAUCUCGGGGUCGUUAACAUGGAUUCGCAGCUUGAGAUCUCUUCUAAAGUGGACUUGGAAGAAUUCAGGGAGCGACUCAGCGAAGUAGAACUAAAGCUGAAUCAAAGCGUCAAAUACGCCGUGACCUUUAUGAACACAGUCUCCUCUGGGAAGGAACGUGUUUAUCCGGUCAUCAGCUUCCUGGUGCUGACCGUCUUCAUCGCCUUGCACAUAAAAAAUUACCGCAGUGACCUGACAUACAAAAAUAACUUCAUCAGCAGCAAAUUUGUUCAUUAUGACGAGAAGCAGAAGGCAGAAGGACGGCGCCACGUUCUUCCUCUCACAUCAAAGGAGGAGAAGCUUUAUCCUUCACUCCCUUCCCUGCGUCCUACAGCCCAGGAAGGAAAAGCUCUGUUGAAAUUUGGCCUUCCAGUUGUGUGCCAUUUGUUUGCUUGGGUUCUAUUUAUAACCGUUGAUGCCUUGUUUUACUGCUUCGUUGUUAUUGUAACAACCAAGCUAUCGGAGAUGGAACCGUUCCAUGUCCCUCUGCUGCUGAGACUCAAAGGGGUGGCAACUCUAAUUGGUAUACAGUUGAGUGAAGAGAAUCACCUGAAAGACUUCUCUUAUUCCGUGACGCUAUUUGAGAAGCAGUGCCUCCCCAGUCCCAAACUUCUGCUCUACAGCUCGGUGGUUCCGCUGGCCGCCAUAUUGCUGAUCUUGCUACUUAUGGCCCCGCUGGCAGCCAAGGCGGUCCAGUUCAGACUCCUGGUGUUUGAGAAAUUCUACUCCAACGCAGCAGAAGAGAGGAUAAAGUUCCUGCAUGCCAAAAUUCUGAGGAAACGGUUAAAAAGGAGGAGGGCGAAAGCGAGGAGUAGCCCUUUUACUACGCUCAUCCGUAAGCCACAUUUCUGGUGUCCAAUGUUUUUCCCAGAAGAGGACAAUGUUGUGUGAGGAAACUUCUCCUCACAAAGGAUCCAUUACAGGUGCUGCUUAGAAGAUUUCCAUGUUGUCCUCUGGUGACUUAUUUUAAAACCUAAUGUGCAAUAAUAAAAUCAGCGACUGACAUA